CCUCUCCCCCUCUCCCCCUCCCCCUCAUGUUUCUGCCCACGCCUACCACACGUCCACGCCCAUGCUCGUGCAAUGGCCACCUUUGCAAAUGAAUGCGCCGCCGUGCUGUUCUCCACAUUUGGAACAGUACCUAGGUAGAUUACCAACGACGGUCGGAUGCGUGGCGGCGACAUGCCCUUCCCUGACUAGGUUGUAGGUAUUACCGUCAAGUGAAUUGUUCUUCUCUUCUCUUCUUCUCUCCUCUCCCUUCCUCUCCUUCCUCUUCUAUCUAGGUUUCGGUAUUCUCUGACCGCUAUUUACUCUACCCUCUCCCCUUUCCUUUCUGCUUCACAUAUCUCUUUCCCCUUACUCCUACAUAUCUCUUCCUUCAAUAUCUUCACUCCUUGAAGACACCGCUCUACUUUCUCACGUCUUCACCCUUCCCCGCCGCCACUGCAAGACACGCUCUUGCAGUACGCUCUUCUACUGCAAGACAUACCAGAGUAGUCACUUCUAAGUUGGGAACACGCACAUCUUCUUUCAACAAUCAACACUACAAAGGGCCUCGUCACAACAAUGGCUCCAGAUCUCAACUCCGUUCCCCUCUCACCUCGAUACGAACGAACCGCCGCCAUGCCUCAAUCCACGCCCUCAAAACAACCAAACAUCCUCUACAUCAUGGCUGACCAACUCGCCGCACCCCUCCUCAAAAUGCACAAUCCCAAAUCGCAAAUCAAGACUCCCAACCUCGAUGCGCUCGCAGCAGGCGGUGUAGUCUUCGAUUCGGCCUAUUGUCCCUCACCUCUCUGCGCACCCUCAAGAAUGUCUAUGGUAUCUGGUCAGCUGCCCACAAAGAUAGGCUCCUACGAUAAUGCCAGCUCCAUCGACCCCAGUGUGCCGACGUAUGACCAUUACUUGCGCGCGGCGGGAUACGAGACGACGUUGGCAGGGAAGAUGCACUUUAUUGGGGAGCAAUUGCAUGGAUACGAGAGUAGAUUGACAAGUGACAUCUAUCCAGGCGACUAUGGUUGGGCUGUAAACUGGGAGGAACCAGACAGACGGUUGGAGUGGUAUCAUAAUGCGAGUUCGAUCGAGCAGGCGGGUCCUUGUGUCAGAAGCAACCAGCUGGACUAUGACGAGGAAGUCAUGUAUAAGUCCAAACAAUUUCUCUACGAUCAUGUCCGCAAAGGUCCAAAUACUCGACCAUUCUGCAUGACAGUUUCCCUUACCCACCCGCAUGAUCCAUACACAAUUGAGAAGAAAUACUGGGACAUGUACAAGGAUGUUGAUAUUGAACUCCCAGAUGUUACUAUCCCACAAGAAGAGCAAGACUCCCACUCUCAGCGUUUACUGAAAGUAUGCGAUCUCUGGGGAAAGAAGUUCACUCCAGAGCAGAUCAAGCGUGCAAGACGUGCAUAUUACGGAGCAGUGUCCUACGUCGAUGACUGCAUUGGAAAGUUAUUGGAGACUCUGAAGGAAUGUCGGUUGGACGAGGAUACCAUUGUCGUCUUCAGCGGCGAUCAUGGUGACAUGUUGGGCGAGCGAGGACUGUGGUACAAGAUGUCAUACUUCGAGGCAUCAGUUCGUGUCCCUAUGAUCUUCAACCACCCAGCAACAUUCAAACCUCACCACGUCACUGCCAACGUCUCAACCCUCGAUAUACUACCCACCCUCGUCGAUCUAGUACACACCAAACUCUGGGCCGGCCUCCCAAUGGACGGCACAUCCCUCCUACCGCAUCUCGAGAAUCGCCCUGGAGGAUCUGACACAGUCUUCGCCGAAUACUGCGGUGAAGGCACCAUUGCACCAAUGAUGAUGAUCCGUCGUGGCAACUGGAAAUACAUCACCUGUCCCGCCGAUCCAGAUCAGCUGUACAACCUCUCUGCCGACCCCAAGGAACUCAUUAACCUCGCCUCUCUCUCCCCCAAACACCCGCUCUUCACCACCGAAGUCUCCACCACCCUCUCCGCAUUCAUCGCCGAAGCCAAAGCAAAAUGGGACAUGCCCGCCAUCACGGACUCCGUGCUUGUUUCACAGCGUCAACGCCGUCUCGUCUGGUUGGCGCUUAAGAGCGGGAAGUUCACUUCAUGGGAUCAUAAUCCUCAGGAUGAUGGGAGGGAGAAGUAUAUUCGCUCGCAUAUGCAUCUUGAUGAUUUGGAGCUGAAAGCUAGGUAUCCGCCGGUUGAUGCCCAUGGCAGGGAUAUGAGCGCCGUUCUGCUGGAUGGGAGUCGGUUUGGGGGUGUCAUUGGACAUCAGGCUGGUGCGCAUGGUCAGUGAGAGGCAUGACCGACCGGUGGAACUUGAAGCAUGGUUUCUUUCCGCUUGUGCGGGGGAGAUUUGCUAUCUUCUGCGAUCUGCCUUUCUUUGAUCAUACUCGGCUCAAUCUAUUUGCUUGAUGCGCUUAGCGAUCUUUCCUACUUUCCUCCUUUCUUCCUUUUAAACAUCUGCGUUCGGCAUGGCGCUGCGUUUAUACCAGUCGAUGCGUUGCUUGCCCUUUCAUUUAAACUUUUGCUAUUACGGUUGUUGGUCUCGUUGAUCUCUAAAUUGCGAUGCGUUUAUGCGGAUGGUUAUACUGCGAUUGGGAUUGGGACUGGGGUUGGGAUGAAAUGCGCUGCUUUUCGGACGAGUUGGUUGGAGGGACAUUUGAGAUGACUUGCGAUGCUUUACGCGAGAUGAGAGAGAAGAGAAUUUGACACAAGACGAAAUGAGGAUAUGAGAUUGCACAUGAAGCCGAAUAUGAUGGUGGUAUUUCAGCAGGUGAAGAUAGAUACCCCAGCUGUGAGCUUUGGGGGCCUUUGGAAAUCGUCCGGGGUAUGAUUGGAUCGAAUGGAAAGUGGAGAUAUCUCUUCAUAGCCCGAGCGAAGGUGGUAGCGCUACAUCGUUGGGGCAUGGAUUAGAAGAUAUGCGUUGAUAUGGUGAAGCGGUGAGGUAGAUAUGAAUAGAUGCAAUGAAAAUGAAAAUUAUAAUAAACAUUUAAA